UCCCCGCAGCGCGUGCGAACUAAGGGGGCCAAGUAGGGAGGUGUAUGCGCACGCGCAGUUGUGAUUUCAGCCCCCCCACUAGGUUGUGAGAAGCGGAAGUAGUUACCAUGUUCCGGAAGCGCUUGAGUGUCAUGGCGGCGUUGGUGAGAGCUGUGAAGUGCCAGACUGGAAUGCCUCAAUGGAUUACAGUAUGCAGUGGAUUAAUACAAUCAACCUUGCCGCAAGCACAGUGGGACAGAAUGCUCUAUGGCACUCUUCAGCAGAGGCAUGAGACUGGCCGACCCCAGCUGAAUAAAGUAUGUGGUGGAUUGAUACAAACCAAUGGUGCAAUAACACAGCAAAGGAGAAUGCUUCACAGCACUGAUCAGUUUCUUGCUGCAAAAGAUUCCCUGCAGCCAUCUGAAGAGAAAGUGGGUGCCUUCACAAAGAUAAUAGAAGCAAUGGGAUUCACAGGACCACUGAAAUAUAACAAAUGGAAGAUUAAGAUAGCGGCUCUGCGCAUGUACACUUGCUGUGUGGAGAGAACUGACUACGAGGAAUUCUUUCACAGGUGCCAUAUGCCUGAUACAUUGAACUCUUGGUUUCUAAUAGCCCAACUUCAUGUCUGGUGCUGGCGGAUCACCGGGGACAUCAGUGUGGGCUGGUCAGGAAAGUUGCAUGGUGCAUGCAUCUUUAAGAACACAGAUCUAUUCAGAAAGCUGCAAGAAGGGACUUUCUUUCCCAACUGGCGGAUUACCACUGGGAAUGUUGCAAUGCCUGUAGUGAUUGUGGGAGACCCAACCUUCCCCUUGCUCCCAUAGCUCAUGAAGCCAUACAUAGGCCACUUUGACAGCACCAAGGAGCUCUUCAACUGUCAGCUCAGCAGGUACAGAAUGACAGUUGAAUAUUCCUUUGGUUGUUUGAAGGGUUGCUGACAUAGUUUACUAACAAGAUUGGACCUCGGUGAGAAAAAAAAAAUCUACAUAUAGCUGUCUGCAGUGUCCAGCAUAAUAUCUGUGAUACAAAGGGGGAAAAGUUUCUGCCGGGGUGGAAGUGGAGUGUGUGUCUGCUGGUUUUGAACAGCCAAAUACCAGGGCUAUAAGAGCAGCUCAACCAUUGAAAGACCAUUUUAAUAGUGAGUAGUGUGUGUUGCUGUAGUGUGCUCUACCUGGCCUUGCUCUUUUGCAGCGUGGUAUAAAUCUUGUAGUGAUUGCUGUGUACAUAGGAAUAUAAUGUUGUCAAUGGACCUAUUAAUAUUAUCUGUGAUUGAUGCUAUGGGUUCUAUGACAAAAUGAAGUAACAGUAAAUUGGUGGGUGUCAGACCUGCUCAGCACCAGACAGCAUAUGUUGUGAACUAAUAAAGAUUAAUUUUAUUCCAAAAAAUAGAAUUUUAUUCUGUAACAUGAACCAGGUAAUUAAAAUAAAAUUAAAACUUAAUAAAUUAAGGGAACAGAACUUAGGGAAAGAACGCUCCAUUUCAGGUACAAAACUUCAAAAAUGUGAGGGCCUUUAAAGGGGAGGGGGGCUCCUGUCUACCAGAUCCCUCGGUAGCAGAGUACAAAACGGUGACCAAAGCAGUCAAUGUGGGGCAUUGUGGGAGAGCUCCUGAAGGCCAGUAAAAGUAGAUGCAAGUAACAGUGUCUACACUAUCACUGCACUGAUCUAACUUCAUCGACUGUGGCUCUACACCACUCGGGAAGAUGGUGUUAGUAUGUCAGCGUAGCAGGGCACUUACGUCAGCAGAAGCCAAAUGUAAGUGAAGACACAUCUACAGCUAGGUUGAUGUAAGCUGCCUUGCAUUGACCAGCCAUGUAGCAUAGGCCAGGCCUUGGUGUAUUUGUCAGAUAAGUCCUUAAACUGAAGCUUUGGUGGUCAGAUGUGAAAUGACUGUUACUUAAUUUGAAACUAUUAGUUUAACUGCUGAUUAAUGGUGUGAAAUUUAAUUUGUAUCAAGUAGGUUAAUGGUGAUUAGUCAGGUAUAAAAUCAAAGUUAUUGUCUUUUAAUAAGAUUAAAGAGCGUCUAGCUGUAUUUCACUCACUGGAAAUGAAAAGAUUUUAAAUGUAUUUUUGUGUUGGAAUUGCAUGGUUGUUCUAAUCCAGUUUAUUAUUUGGCUGUAAUAAAAACUUUUGCAGUACAA